AUGGCGCCAAAAGGAAGUCAAUCACCCAUCCCGAACCCCUACGCCAUCGACUAUGCGCCGACGGACCGGGCUACCUGCAAGCCCGGACAGGCGUGUGAUGGCCGUAUCGCCUUGGACUCACUGCGCUUCCUAAGGAAAGUGUGGAGCCGUUUUCACGAUGGGUUUGAUGAACAAAAGUACCAUUUGCGCUGCGGAAAAAAGUUCACGGAGAAUCUGGGGGAAAUCCGAUUGUGGCAGGCCUUGCGGUGGAGUGACAUUCUCAAAGUUGCGAAGAGCUUUGAUGCAAAAAUCGACGAAGGCCAUCCUGCUGUGCAGGCCGUAAAAAGGCGCAGCGAUGCGAUCUGGAGUCUGAAGUCAAUGCUUAUGGAAAUUCCCAAAAAACAGCUUCUCCCCAUUCUCGACGCAAAUGGGAUUCCCUACAACGAAAAAAAAAUCUCGUAUGGGGGCGAAAUUCGCUGCAACGGCUACGUAUCGGCGAGCACCAAAUGCGUCUUCUCGUUCAUAUUGUCGGAUAUCCUGAGGCCGAAUGAAGCCUUUGACAACUCUGCCACAGGCGUUUCCGUCGAUGACCUUAAGCGAACGGAGAUAUUUGUGUUGCCAGACGAAGCAAAGCGAAUCCCAGUGUUUAAGAAGUGGAAGUGUCCACAAGGUGUCGAAGGCUGCAUGGAACUAGGCAAUCCACUAGGUGAGCCUAGGCGCUACCUCCCGGCAAUUAAAGGCUGUAGACAGUUAGCACAGAGAAGACUUUGCAAGACAGCGCUAAAUCUCCCGCUUCUUUCCGCCUGCGGUUGCUGGGUGUGCCGCAGACGCGCCUUCCCCCAAGCCGUAGGACUUAAUAAGGCACUGGAAGGCCUUGAAACUCCCCAUUCAACGGCUGAGAAGGAAUCGAGCGAGCCAGAAGCUAUUCCUGUUGGCAAGGAAUUGGUGGGGUUGAGUUUCACCUCAGUCGGAGCCACAGACCCUCCCAAAGUGGAACUGCAACUUUUGAUCGAGAAGCAUGCUGGAGAGUACACACGAGUCCUUUUCUGUGGUCUGCUGUGUUCUGCCAGUGAGCAGCUCGAAGGUCGCACAACCUUUCUGCUUGUAGGGGACGGCGACAGCCACGAGUUUACGAAGAAGUAUCGCGAUGCAAAAGCUGCUGGUGUACCCAUUGUGCAUAGUGACUUCAUAAGCGCUCUACUUAAGCGAGAAAAUUCGGAGCCGAAGUCUAAGCUGGCAAUGUGCCGCAAAUGGAAGGGGUCAAGUGACGGCCCGGACCCUCGGCCAACGGGUCUACUGCUCCGAAAGAAAAAGUACGCGCAGUAUUAUCUUGUCGAGGGCAAGCUAACACAUGAACUGCCAGAUGCGGCGGAAUCUCUCAAGCAGCUCAGCGAGGCACAAGCCAAAGAAAAGCCUCAAACGCAGCGGCCGCCGAUCGCGAAGAAGUCUCCUCUCUUGGAGGUGGAUCCUUUGUUUAGCAACAAAAGAGGUCGAAUUUACGUGGACAGUUAUGGAAAUGCUUUCAACUGCACCACGCAGUAUACUGAUAUUAGCACUGGGAUCAAUAAGUACUAUUCCAUGCAGAUCGUCCAAACUAACAAGACAUUUCAUUUCUUCACGAAGUGGGGUCGCCUGGGGGCGGACGAUAAAUUAACUAACGACUAUAAACAACAAUCAUUUGGGCAAGACGUGGGUGCUGCAGUGGAGGCAUUCGAGGCAAAGUUCUUGGGGUUGACAGGCACCCACUGGAAUGAUCGUUUCAGCUUUGUCCAGCAACCCGGAAGGUACGGUUUCGUGGAGCUAGCAGGCUACCAAAUGGGUGAUGAGACACAAAAGAACGCCAAGGAACCACCUUUGAAACGGCCCAAGCUUGAAGCUGCCAGCGCCAGCAGUACUGUAGAUGAAUGCACUCUGCCUCCAGCAGUGAAGGCCAUCGUUGAAUUGAUUUUCGAUCGAAAAUUGACGGAGAAGUUACUUUCUGAGCAGCACCUAAACCUUAAAAAGCUUCCAAUUGAUUCUAUUUCAAAACGGCAGCUGCAAGAAGGCUAUGCCGUGCUCCAGGAAAUCCAAAACCUCCUUCGCGAGGAUCCAGCGCAGACAAACACCCUAAAACACCAGACUCGGCUCGCUGAUGCUACGAACCGGUUUUACAUCAAAAUACCACAUGUCUUUGCCGUCUCCGAAAAGCCUCCGGUUCUCGACUCAUUUGCGAAGUUGAGGGCUAAGAUUGAGAUGAUGGAGCAGCUCUUAGAGGUAUCGGUUGCGCAAUCCUUAUUGACGGAUGCAUUGCUGAACGCCAAAGACAAACAUCCACUAGAUGCCCAGUAUGAACAGCUGCGCUGCAAGCUCGAGCCAGUAAGUGAAUCCGACGAGGAGAGAAAGUUGGUGGAACGCCUCAUCUCAAACACGCAUGCGCCGACCCACAACACCUGGAAGCUUAAGGUAAAGAGUGUUUUCAAGUGUGAUCGCCAAGGAGAAGCGCAACGCUUUAACAAAGAAAUGGAUAAUCGCAUGCUUUUAUGGCACGGCUCUCGGUUGACGAACUGGCCAAGUAUUCUUGCAAAGGGUCUUCAAAUUGCUCCUCCGGAGGCGCCGUCAUCUGGAUACAUGUUUGACAAGGGAAUCUACUUCGCAGACAUGGUCAGCAAGUCAUCGCAGUACUGUUACGCAUCUUCGGCUCAACCACAUGGCCUCCUCGUUCUUUGUGAGGUUGCUCUGGGAAAGCAGCGCCGAUUCCUCCAGGCAGACUACGAGGCAGCAAAAAAAUGCAAGAAGGAUGGACAAGACAGCGCACAAGGCAUUGGCCGCAUGUGCCCGAAUCCCAAAUCUGAUUUCGAGAUCCCUUCGGUAGUUGAUGAGAAACCUGUGCGCGUUUGCGGGGGAAAGAGCUGGAAUAAUUCAAAAACUAUAGAUCAGCUGAGGGAAGAGAUACCCGGAAAGCCUGAGGCGGCACUGAUGUACAAUGAAUAUAUUGUUUACGAUCCGCGCCAAGUCAAGAUCCGCUACCUGGUUCAUGUCGAGUUCGAGUUCGAAUCCUUUGACCUUGAUUCUCCUUGA